AUGGGUAUCACAGGGCUCUACAAAUGGCUCGAUUCUAUCAAGCGUGUAGAACACGUCAAGAAAUACAACGGCCUCACCCUUGGAAUCGACACCUAUAGCUGGCUACACAAAGGUGCAUUCUCUUGCGCCCUCGAGCUCGUCCAGGGCACACCCACAACCCGUUAUGUAGACUUCUGCGUCGAGCGCAUCAAGAUGCUACAGUAUCACGGUGUCACACCCUACCUCGUCUUUGACGGCGAUUACCUCCCAUCUAAAGCGGAUACUGAGGCAGGCCGCGAAGAACGCCGUGAAGAGAGUAGGAAGAAGGGCCUCGAGCUGUUAAAGACGAAUAAGAAGGAGGCUAUGGAUAUACUGCAGAAGGCGGUGGAUGUGACGCCAGCAAUGGCGCGUGCGGUCAUACAGGCAUGUAAGGAGCUCGGCGUCCAGUAUGUCGUUGCGCCAUAUGAGGCGGAUGCGCAGCUGUACUAUCUUGAGAAGAUAGGUGUUAUCGACGGCGUCAUAUCCGAGGACUCGGACCUACUGGUAUUUGGUGUACGCCUGCUGGUGACUAAGAUGGAUCGUUUUGGAGACUGCGUUGAGGUUAACCGCGCGGAUUUUACGAAGAAUAGAGACAUUACGCUAGCAGGAUGGACGGAUGCGGAGUUUCGUAUGAUGGCGAUAUUGUCUGGGUGCGAUUAUCUGCCGAGUAUCAGGGGCAUUGGGCUCAAAAAGGCACAUGGCUACGUGCGCUCUCACAAAACAGUUGAUCGUAUUGUGCGUGCGAUCAGGAUGGAGGGGAGGAUGACUGUGCCGCCAGACUAUCUCGAGAAGUUCAAGCAGGCGGAACUCACAUUCCUGCAUCAACGGGUGUGGUGCCCGAAGGCCGAGAUGAUGGUGAUGUGCAAUGAGCCAGAGGAACCACUUACCGGGGAAGCUCUAGUAUUCAUCGGCGGAGUAGUAGAACCUCAAUUAGCCCGCGGGAUUGCACUGGGCGAACUCGACCCAAUAACUAAGCUCCCUUUUGACCCCAUUCCAACGACUACGCAUACAACAAGAGCCUACCCAUCACAGCCAUGCAUAACCGCCCGGCCCCGUCCCCGCCCACCCACUGCAAAGCCUGUUAGCAUCGCAACAUUCUUCCCAAAAACUUCAAUGCCAAGGACACCACUCGCUGCAAAAUCGUCAAAUAUUCAAGCCAUUCGUAAAGCCUUCACCGCACCGAGACCAUCCUCGGCAUCAUCAUCAUCGGAGUCGUCAUUUUCAUGUCCGCCUAAGAAGCGCGGCGCAGAGGAAGCACCCAAAACAGACACUCCAAUCAAGAAGUCGCGGACGUUUGCCGCGGGUGAGAACGUGAGAGUUACGGGCGAGCGAAGCGCCUUCUUCAAUACUCCAAAGCAUCUGCAGUCGCGUCGCCCACUUGCCGUAACUGUGGAAACACCUACGGCCAAGAAAACAGUCGCCGAAAGCGCUCCGAUUCCCCCAACCGUGGCGGACCCCGACCUGGAAAAAGCAAUCCAGGCAUCACUGCAGCCCGAAUAUCUCCCUGACAUGGAGAUUGAAACCGGUGUUCAGAAGGUUGCGCGCUCACUCAAAGCCGAUUUUUCAAAGAGUGGUCAUGGGAAACUGGCGAAGUUUGUUGAAAAGCAACGGGUUGGGGCGGUGAAGGCACGGUUGAGCACGAGUGCAGCGGGGGUAAAGAAGAACGGCGGGUUUAUGCAGCAGUUUAAGAGGGCUGUCGGGACAAAGAUGCAGAUACCGCAUACGGUAGGCGCGGGUGAAGAGAGUCAGGACAGUGCUGGCGGCGAUAGUCAGGGUGCAGGCUUUGGGCUUGGCGUUGGUGUAGAGGAGAGCCAGGGCAGUGACAUUGAGUGCCAAAGGGAGUUUGGACGUGGUUUGGAGACGUUUAGGUUGAAGCGGUAA